AUGGCUCCAGUUCAACCUACCACGAGGCCACCGCCGUUGUUUGCCACACUGCUACGAUUGGACAACCCGAUUCGAAGUUUGACGCUAGCAUUUUGGGCAUGGAAGGUUCUGUUGUAUAUCGUUGUUGUUGCCUGUCCAGGAUCAGGUUAUGAUACCUCCACCUCCUUGAUCUCAUAUGCUGCCAAUCCAACGGCUACCCAGUCCGAGUCUCUCUCCGGACCCCUUAGAUUUGCCAGAUGGGACAGUAUCUACUUCCUAGAUAUUGCCGAAAAGGGAUACCUGUACGAGCAAGAAUGGGCCUUUGGCUGGGGCUACACUAAGCUUCUGUCUAUUUUUGUUUCAGGUAUUCGUCUCUCUGGCGGAGAUGCUGGACCCGCUAGCACUGCCAUGGUGGCAGUGGUUCUCUCCCAUGUCGCCCAUUAUUUGUCCGUAUUGGCGCUCUAUCGUCUGUCGGCCAAUAUCUUUGGCCAUGCGACUGCCACCCAACACCUCAUUUGUUUCCUAUCUGCGGCUCUCCACAUCAUCUCGCCAGGGGGCGCUUUUCUUUCCGCGCCCUAUGGAGAGUCGAUAGUCUCUUUUCUCAACAUAACUGGCUUUUACCUCUAUUCAUCGUCUCUCAUUGCCGAGCGCAAUGGGGCAACUCGUCUGCGAGAUAUUCGGGUUCUCACAUCCGCGGUUCUAUUCGCGGUUGCCACCAUGGUCCGCAGUAAUGGGGUUCUCAGCGGGUUCCUAUUUGCUUAUGAUGCGGCAGUUCUGGGCUGGAAGAUCUUGACUAAAGGACCUACACUGCACACCACUGUUCGACUUGCAGUGGUCAUUGUCGGUGGCUGUAUUGUAGGAUCUGGGAUAGUCAUUCCUCAAAUCCUAGCCUACCGCAUGUACUGCAUGUCCGAGGGCGAUCUUCGGCCAUGGUGUGAGUGGACUUUGCCUAGCAUCUACGGCUGGGUCCAAAAUCAUUAUUGGAAUGUGGGAUUCUUGCGAUAUUGGACCGUCUCCAAUAUACCUCUUUUCCUGUUGGCGGCGCCCAUGUUGGCCAUUCUAUGCCGAUCUACGUUGUGGGCAUUACAAAGUCCCUCUUCCUCCUCGACUAGCCCGGGCUCAAUGCUCGCUCGCUUAGCGGUUCCCCAGGGUUUGCUGGCUGUCAUGGCAUUCACCAGCUACCAUGUCCAGAUCAUCAACCGCAUAUCGUCAGGGUAUCCCUUAUGGUACUGGUAUUUGGUUACCAGUGCGGUAGAUCUCAGUUCAAGUACUCCCAAGCAAAGCCGGACUCUUGUAGCCGCUGUGUAUAGCAUGGUGGCCUAUGCGUUGAUCCAGGGUGUUCUUUUCGGUUCUUUCCUACCCCCGGCAUGA